GUCUGCCCGGAGCACCAAAGCCCUCUGGCUCGUUUCCCAGCUCCGCUCUGGGCCCGCCCCGUCCCUCCCUGUCGCUCAGCGACCGCGUCCCAGUUUCCCCGGCCCUGCCGGCACCAGGGAAGGGUCUUGCCGCACCUCGGGCAGCCAUGCAGCCCUCGGGGCCCCCCAGGGAUCGGGGGGCAGGGGGGUUUGGUGGGAAGCUGCUCCCUGAGCCCUACGACAGCUUCAUGCGCAGCCACCUGCGCUACUACGGCUACUUCCAAGCCCCUAGGGCGCUGGAGCCGGUCUCUGGCCAGGACAGGUGGGUCCCUUCAGCGCGGGGCCAGGGGACAUCGGUGCCCUCGGUGCAGCACCGCAGGUCCCCGGGGGAUCCACGGGAUCUCUUCACCCUCCCCUGGGCACAGGGCCCCCUGCCCGCUCCCCGCUGGCCCAUCGAGUGCGAAGUCAUCAAGGAGCCGAUCGAGCACAUCGAGUGGGUCCCCCCUGAGCCGGAGCCCUUCUGCCCGCCCGCGGGCCCCGCGCGCCCCCUGGCCCCGCUCAGCGAGGACCAGGGCACUGUUGUCUACCAGCUCAGCCCAGGUACUGGGGAGUGGGCAGCACCCCGGGUACCCCCCAGUGUCCCCAGGUCUCCAUUGCCAUCCCUCUGGGCUCUCCCCGCAGCACCCCCAGGCUCCUGCUUCACCCGCGCUCGCAUUGGGGGAUCCCCGGGCCCCCUGUCCUUGCCGGCCACCCCCUUGGAGGGUCCCCAGGACACAACGCUGAUCUUUGAAUCGCGUUUUGAGAGCGGAAACCUCCAGAAAGCUGUCAAGGUGGGCCCCUUCGAGUACGUGCUGUGGCUGCGGCCGGACCUGUACACGGCCAAGCACACCCAGUGGUUCUACUUCCGCGUCCAAAACACCCGGCGAGACCAUCUCUACCACUUCACCAUCGCCAACCUGGCCAAGCCCAAGAGCCUCUACAAUGAGGGGAUGCGCCCGCUGCUCUACUCCCAGCGUGAUGCCGAGAGCUGCGGCAUCGGCUGGCGCCGCGUCGGGACAGACAUCCAGUACUACCGGCGUGGUGUGGAGGAGCCAGCCGCCUUCUGUCUCUCCUGGACUGUGUGUUUCCCCCACGACGGCGACACCUGCUUCUUCGCCCACUCCUACCCCUACACCUACUCGGACCUGCGGCGCUACCUGCGGGCGCUGUGCCGUGACCCAGCGCGCUCGCGGCUCUGCACGGUGCGGGCGCUGUGCCGCAGCCUGGCUGGCAACACCGUGUACCUGCUGACCAUCGGCAGCCCGGCCGCUGCGGCCAGCAAGCGGGUGGUGGUGCUGAGCGCCCGCGCGCACCCCGGGGAGAGCGGCGGCUCCUGGGCCAUGCGGGGUUUGCUCGAUUUCCUCCUCAGCGCCGAUGCCGACGCCCAGCUCCUGCGCCGGCUCUUUGACUUCAUGGUGGUGCCGAUGCUGAACCCCGACGGGGUGGUGGUGGGGAACUCCCGCUGCUCCCUGGCGGGACGGGAUCCCAACAGGGCGUACGGGACAGCGCGUGGUGGCUCCUUCCCCGGCGUGUGGCACCUGCGGGCCAUGGUGGAGAGGGUGCUGGCAGAGCGGGAGGUGGUUUUGUACUGCGACUUCCAUGGGCACAGCCGGAAAAACAAUGUCUUCAUGUACGGCUGCGACGGCGGUGGGGCCGGCAGCGGGUCACGGCUGCGCCAGCGCGUCUUCCCCCUGAUGCUGAGCAAGAAUGCCCCCGACAAGUUCUCCUUCCCCAGCUGCAAGUUCAAGGUGCAGAAGAGCAAAGCGGGCACGGGCAGAGUCGUCAUGUGGCGCUUGGGCGUCUUGCACAGCUACACCAUGGAGGCGGCUUUCGGCGGCUCCACGCUGGGUGAGGGGCCACCGCGGGUGGGGGUGUCAGUGCUGGGGGUGUUGUUGGGCGGCUGGUCCCCGGGCUGGGACGCGGCUGCCUGUUCUGUUGUCCCCCGUCCCCUCCAGGCGGGAGGAACUCGCACUUCACCGUGCAGGACCUCAAGUCGCUGGGCUCCCAGCUGUGCGACACCCUGCUCGACUUCUGCGACCCCGACCCCGCCAAGCUGCAGCGGUGCCUGGCGGAGGUGGACGCGCUGCUGCGGCGGCGGCUGCGCCGGGAGCCGGGCUGCGGUGGGUGGAGCGGCGUGUCCCCCUCGGAGCUCGAGUCCAGGUGGCACCAGCGGCUCCGACACCUCCGUGUCCGACGGGCCCGCGGUUCAUCUCUGCGGCCCAGAACAGCCGGUGAGUCCCUGGCUGCCGCUGUUUUUGGGGAGGGACGAGGCCCUGGGGAGGUGUGACACCCCAGGACCACUUUGCCAUCUGGCGCAGUCGGAGCAACGGAGGAGGAAGCGGCUGCGGAGCCGAAGAGCCAGGAACGCCCUGUGCCAGCCAAAUGCCACUGUCCCGGUGAGCCUGGGACCGCCAGAACGCUCUGCCCGGUCACAGCGGGGACAGUCCUGCUGGGACACUUGUCCCCAGAGCUGUCGCAGCGCGCCCGGGGCUCCAAGGGGUGCAAGCCCUGCUCUGCGCCCCCAGGCCAGGCCGGGGCCCUGCGGGGCCCGCGCGCAGCCGGCUCUGCCCGGCCCGGCGGGAGCGCAGCGCGGCCGCCUCGCCGCCCUGACGCGGUCCCAGCGGGAACGGGGCGCGAGCGCGGUGUCGCGCCGCCGGCCGCCCCCGAGCGCCCGCUGCCCCGGCGGCUGCUCGCAGGACGCAGCCCCGGGAGCCCCAGGGCCGUCCCGGCGGCGGGCGGGGCGGGUGGCUGCCGCCCGCGGGCACAGGGCCCGUCUCCCCAUCCACAGCCCCGGCAGAGCCUCCGCGGCCCCGCGCUGCCGCGCCUGUGCUCGGCAUUAAAGGCGGCGCCACGGCCGUG